AUAACAACAGGGCAAUUUCCGGUUUUCUAUAGUCUUUCAAAGGGGUACAUCUAGCGGCUGAAAUCUUUUAUGUGAACCACCAGAACAGUUUCAUAUAAAUGUGACUCCUUUAUACAGGCAGAAAUAUUAGCAUAAAGGCUACGAUAAUGUUUUUUAUGUGUCCGCGUAGUGUGUCGUGACAACUCCCAGUUUCAUUUGAAAGAACCGCGUUCUAAUAUUUGCUAGCCAGCGAGCUAAGUUAGCUACCCCAUACACCAGCUGUUUGCUGCGGCUACUAAAACGGGUUAAGCAUGAGUGAGGGAGAGGUUUUCCAUGAGAAGCAGAGGCUAGAGUUGUGUGCCAUCCAUGCUCUUAACAAUGUGCUCCAGGAGAGAGUCUUCACCAAGGAUACAGCGGAUGACAUCUGCAAGCGCCUUGCUCCACAGUGCGUAGUGAACCCUCACCGCUCAAUGCUGGGCACGGGGAACUAUGAUGUCAAUGUUAUCAUGGCUGCGCUACAGAGCCGUGGGCUGGCUGCUGUGUGGUGGGACAAGCGCAGGUCAGUGCAGUGUCUGUGCGUGGAGAAAGUCCAGGGUUUCAUCCUGAAUGUUCCCUCUCGGGUGUCGCUGGGAAUUGUGUACCUCCCCCUCCGAAGGAGACACUGGCUUGCAGUGCGACAGGUCAAUGGACCGUUCUACAACCUUGACUCUAAACUUAAGAAUCCUGUCUGCAUCGGAGGUGAAGCAGAACUCCGUACCUUCCUCAGUGAGCAACUCUCUCAGGAUGUAUCAGAAAUGCUCCUUGUCGUCCAAAGGGAAGUAGAAGAGGAUGGGACUUGGCUGAACUCUGAUGAUCCAAGGAAGUGAUUCCAGGAGGACAGGAAGCUCCUUGAUUCAGGAUAGAACUGUUGUGCAAAAUAGUGUUUCAAAAUCCAAAAGCUUUACAAAGGAACUCUUCCUGAGGGACUACAGAAGUGGAAAAGGACACAUAAUUACACAGGAAACCCCAGAGAAUAUUGGGGGGGGGGGGCAAUUUAAAGAACUGGCUCGAUCCAAGUAUGGUGGAUUGGGCUGUGGUGUUUGUAUAUUCACUGCAGUUGCAUUAGUCUCUCUUUCACUUUCUGUCUUUCCUUGUAUGCAUCUAUGCAGUGCACUGAUACAGUAUACGUGACAGAACCGUAAACUUCCUUACGUCUAUGCACAAAAGAGGUACAAAACAGGCAUCUGGUGCAGCCUAAGUAUAUAAAAAUGUCUGUUAUCUUUCUGUCUGUCCUGUCUUUUCAUCCAACUAUGCAUAUUGCAACCAACGAGAGUUCUGCCUCUUUCAAACACUUACCGUUACUCAGAGGAAAAAAUAAAUUAACUGUUAUUUAUAUGA